AUGAAGCAAGAGGGAGUUAAGCUUGAGUCACAGGAAAACUCACCUAAUGAUGUUAUAGAAGAAGCUCGAGAAACUCCUGGGACCGUUAGUGAAGAACCAGACGUGGAGCAAGUUACACUUGAGCAGGUGUUAAGGAGAUCAUUCAAAGGUUACCGCAGCGAGAAUCUCGCCGUGAUCGUAUUGGUAUUGGUGAGCUUAGCCACCGUGGAUACUAUGAAUCCACGUCUAAGUUCGAAAUCUCUGGAAUUUCAGGCGAUCAAUUGUCGGAAACACUCGGCGUUGUUAACGGAGUUUGGCGGCGUCGGGGAUGGAGUAACUUCAAAUACUCACGCGUUUCAAAAAGUAAUUGAACAUCUCAGCACAAUGGCGGCAGAUGGUGGUGCUCAAUUGGUCAUGUCGCCGAAAAAAUGGGUGACCGGAUGUUUUAAUCUGACUAGCCAUUUCACACUUUUUAUCGAUAAAGAAGUUAAACUUCUGGCAUUCCAGCCUAUCGUAAUCAAUCAGAAUGGCCACUUGUGGAAAUUCUCCCAUCCUAUGGGAGGGGAAGAGAUGCUUUGGGUGGAUGGUAACAACGGUAUAAUCGACGAGCAGGGAUCUUCUUGGUGGAAAAAGUUCAAGAAAGGGGCACGCAAGGUAACACGGCCAUACGUGAUCGAGAUCAUAUUCUUGUUCCAACACUCAAUCAAAGACUGCUACAUUGUCUCCAAUGACGAUUGCAUCGCCAUCAAGAGCGAAUACGGUAUCAAGUUCGAAAUGCCGAUUGAGGACCUCGUCAUUCGCUGCCUCACUUGCAUCUCACCAGAUUCUGCAGGUAUUGCCCUUGGCAGCGAAAUGUUCGGUGGAAUUCGCAACGUCAGGAUCGAAAAUGUUACAGCAAUCAACACACACUCUGCCGUCAGAAUCAAAAUUGCUCGUGGACGAGGCGGUUUCGUCAAGGACAUUUUCGUCCGAAGAAUGUUUCUAUCCACGACGAAAUACGUCUUCUAG